AAAGCAAAGCAAAGCAAAGCGAUUUGAAGAUGCACUCAUUUCCUGCUACCAUAAAGCAAAAAGGCAAACCCACAACCCUCGGUAUUACCAAAAUCUCCAACCCAGCUUAACUUCACUCGUCCUCUUUCAAAGUGAUCUCCAACUGCACAAGCAAAGUAUCACCCUCGCCAACCUUCUUCACCCGCUCCCUGCUGCAACUCUCACACUAACAUGGCCGAGCUCAAAAUGCUGGUCACCGCCACCAUCUUCCUCUUCACAGUCCUAAUAAUGCCACUGAACUCCGCCACCCUCCACGUCCCGACGUGCCGAUCCUACUGCGGCAACAUCACCGUCGACUACCCCUUCUCACUCCAGCACGGCUGCGGCCACCCGGGAUUCCGGGACCUCCUCUUUUGCAUCAACGACGUCCUCAUGUUCCACAUCUCCUCAGGGUCCUACCGUGUCCUUGACAUCGACUACGCCUACCGUUCCCUCUCCCUCCACGACCCCCACCUGUCCACAUGCGACUCCAUCGUCCUCGGCCGCCGCGGUAACGGCUUCUCUGUCGAGCCCUGGCGCAGCCCCUACCUCUCUGCCUCCCCCGACAAUGUCUUCAUGCUCCUCGGCUGCUCCGCGGUCUCCCCACUCUUCCAGCUUCUCUUCUUUCAGGGCUUUGCUGACCGCCACUUGCCGUGCCGGAAUGUCUCGGGGAUGGGCUGUGAAGAGUACUACGACUGCCCAGCAUGGGACUGGGUCGGCCGGAGAAAGAUCGGGUCAAAGUUCGGGUCAGGCCCGCCGGAGUGCUGUGCGGUCUCGUUUGAGGCGAUCAAGGCCAUCAACUUGACCAAGCUUCAGUGUGAAGGCUAUAGUAGCGCAUACACUCUCGCCCCAUUGAGGGUCAAUGGCCCGCACGAGUGGGCGUAUGGCAUACGCGUGACCUACUCGGUGCAAGGGGGCGACGAGUUUUGUGGAGCGUGCGAGGCCACCGGCGGCACGUGCGGGUACAGCGACGGUGUAGAUGAUCAUAACGAUGAUGGGGUCAAGCAAUUAUGCAUGUGCGGGGGCUCCAAUUCCACCUCCAAUUGCGAUUCAGGUGGGUCAUCAUCAAAUAAAGGAACAUGGUCUCCAAUGAACAUCUUAGCAGGUUUCAUGACGUGUGCAUUAGCCUGGAUAACAUCCCACAAGAACUAAAGAUCGGUACUCACCCGCAGUACGUAAAGGAUGAAUGAGGAUUCUUGACAAUCCUGCUUGCUUGGAAGAGAGAUUUUUGUUUGCCUUUUUUGUUUUGGCUUGAAAGAGAGGUCUUUACGUGUCUAUAACCGUUUAUUACAUCAUCAUGGAACUACACGACAUACAACUCAAACGCGACCAGUCUCCAUCUCGCAUUACAUUAUGCAGAAACAAGAGCAAGAACAAGAACAAGAACAAGAGUCUCAUCUCUGUGUAUGGUGUGACAGCUGGGACAGUGUGGUAAUAGUGAGAGACUUGACUAGAUGAUAUUAAGCUGAGCUGAGUUGUUAGCAAUUGCUCCAGCAUCCAUGAGAAGGGGCUUCAAUUUUCCCGAUUGGUGCA